GCCGGCGUAGCUUGUAGCGUCGCUACGACGAUCGUCAAUAAGUACUGACUAGUGACGUGCUGUGAUCGAUUGUGGAUAAUUAAAGUUCAAAAAGUUUGAAUUGAUUGUGAAUGUGCUUAGUUUGAACUGUGAAGUGGCUUUAAUUAUCGUACAACUGGAGACUGGGAAAAUGAUUUAACAAGAGCAAUGCUACACUAAAUGCAAAUAAGUCUACCCAGAUGACUCCUUCAUCUUCAACGUCUCCGGGUUUCCCAUAAAAAUGACACCCACUGGAAUUCUUAUCUUUAGCUCUUUGCUCACUAAGACGUUAUGUGUCAUCGCACCUCAGAUAUCAGACACCAAGACUGGGGAAACAAAAAUAAUAAUAGGCCCUUUCUGGCAUGAGGUGUUCACGGAGACAUAUGAAGAGGGAGACGACGAUAUCUCGACCACCACAACAGAACCACUUCCAUUCUUUGAAGAUGAUGCUUCCACAAGCAACGUUACAGCCCAGUUAGGAAGCAGAGUUCACUUGCAUUGCCGUGUUCAUGACUUGGGCGAGAAAACUAUUUCUUGGGUUCGACGGCGGGGAGAUGACCUUCAUCUACUAUCUUUUGGACGCCACACAUACUCUGCAGACUCGAGAUAUUCACUGGCCUUCGAGCAGCCAAAUGAUUGGCGUCUGCUCAUCCAGUACGUGAGUGAAAGAGACGAAGGAUAUUACGAAUGCCAAAUAUCCACACACCCUCCUUUGGUCAGAAGAGUACACCUUGCUGUAAUUGUACCAAGAGUGGAAAUAGUCGACGAAAGAGGUCGUCCUAUACAAGAUAAAUUCUACAAAGAGGGCUCUAUAAUUGAGCUACGUUGCCUUGUGAGUGAGGUACCCGAAUCAACUAGACAAGUUAUCUGGAAAAACGGAGAGAGACUACUGAACUACGAUACGAAAAGAGGUGGUAUUAGUGUCAAAACGGAAGCGACAAGCAACGGUGCUCUAUCAAGACUCUACAUAGCAAAUGCAAACAGAAAUGACUCCGGAAACUACACCUGCUCGCUAGCGGAUGUCGCCGCUACUGCUGUUUCCGUUCACGUUCUAAGAGGAGAAAAUCCAUUAGCAAUGCAACGAGGAGACUCAUCGAGGCUACAUCCAUCGCUCAUUCUGGUCGUGGCGAUUAUCAGCUGACAUUUGAGAAGCGCGUAAUGUACGCGCUUAUUGUUAAUAACUAUUAUCAUCGCGUAAUAAUUGUAUAUGUAAAUAGUUAUGUUUUAUAAGUUAUUAAUAUCAAGUUUGUGUCCUUUGAAUAUCGAUUUAUAUAUAAAAAUAAAACUAAAAUUUACACUCGGCGCAUCUAAAAUGCCAAAUUACUCGUUUCAAUUUGUGACACAUAAUGAGUCAAUAAUGGAAAUAAUACAACAUAAUUCUUAACGAUGAUUUAAUUUAAUAAUGAGACAUUUCAGUUAAAUCAGAAUCAUUAAUAUCUGAUGAUAACUAAUUUAGGCGUCUUUUGGCGUACGAAUCUAAGUUCGAGCAUUAUUUAGAUCACCACUCUAUAAAAGAUAUUUUAUACUAACGAUGGCCUAUCACAAUUUGUAACCAGAGGCGUACUACAUCUGUUCUUUAAAUGUGAGUUUUCUAUAAGACUUUCUUUAUGUACGAAUAAUAUAUAAGCAUCGCGUGAAGCGCCCCUGGUGGUUCUAUAUGAUACUAAUUGACACAACUGCAUAUAUUUUAUCGAACUUUGUCAAGAGGCAUAUAGGAUCCACAUAUUUUACAAAUACUUAUAAAAUUUCAUGCUCUAUUAAGUACAAGUAUAUAAUAAACGAUAUUGUGAUUGUUGUAAAUAUGUAGAAUAAGUUAAUGUUAUUAAAGUAUUAUGUAAGUAUAGGAUUUUUAUGUAAAUAUGAAAAAAAUAAUGUUUAUCUUACUUGUUCAUUUUCUAACGACUUUUAAUUAAGACUGUUCAGAUGGACAAUUGUGAAUGAGAGUUUGUUAUGGCCCAUGGAUAGAUAAACUUUUUUAUGGUCAAAUAUAGCAGCACACAGUUUGACAUCUAACUAAAUUUAAAUUAAAAAUAUAUUAACAUAUUAACUGUGUUUGUCAUUCAAUUAAUAAUCAAUAUAAUUUUUAAUUCGCGUCAUCAUCAGGCACUUAUAAACAUGCAAACAAACCGACACUCAGACUAAAAUAUCAAAAUAUUUAAGCAUAAAUAAUGUAAUGGUUCGGAAAUAUAUGGAUUUAAUUAUAUCUUUAUAGAUACAUAACUCCUAACAUUUUGUUCUCUAAUUAUCUAUGUUCUCUAAUAAUCUAUCUAUUAUUACCAGCGCAAGAAUUUGAGAUCUUUGCAUAGGAUGCCUUUACACAGAUGUUCACACAGCAGCGAAUUUUGCUACCACGAAGUCUUCUGAUCUGAAGCGCGCCAACAUACCGGACCCAUUAGAUUUCACAUCGUAUCACUCAAUUGGACGUACGUGAUUGUAAUGCCGCUCAGAUUUUUGAAUCAAGAAUCAAAGAAUCUUAGCGAUACAGUUUAGGUACCUAGACUGAACUGCAUCCGAAUUUAAUCGUUCAUUAAAAGUUGAUGGUAGGCCUUUUGAGCGUCAUUGUAUUGUCAAGUAAAGUAAGUCGUAUCACUAAUCAGAAGUUCCUGUAAACAGGCUAUUAGUGUCUUUAGUAUUUUGAUUUUGGGUAUUUAUUUUCAGUAUUUUUUUUAACAAAAAAAGUCUUUCAUCAAUUCCAUUUUCCUUUUCAUUUCGUUUCAGCUAUUUUUUUAAAUUAUUUACGACCCGAUUCAAUUUCUGCUAAGUAUGUAGGUACUUAGCAACUUUUUUUGAGUUGCUCCUUUUGACACGUAAGCUAUCUAUUUUAGGUUGAACUAUUACUUCAUGGUACGAAUGAAUGAAUGAACUCACACAGUUUGCGAUUCAAUUUCCGACUUGAUUUGACGUCAACCUAAAUUGGAUAGCUCUAAUGACGUCGUGGUAUUCAAAUGUAAAACAGUUCAUUUUAGGUCGUCAAUGGAAUCGUAUUAACAGUUCAUGGCAGACCCGCAAGUCUUGCACAGUUGCUUUUUCUUAUAAAAAAAAAACAAUAUGUUAACAGAGCCGUUUUAACAAAGCCAUUUUAAUUGGGUCAUAUUAUUAUGCACGUCGCUCACCCAACUCCAUCUUAUUUUUUUUCAUAUUUAUUUAAUUAGGGCAAUAAAAAAUUAGACGCUUUACAUGCAUUGACAUUUAUAUAAAUAGUAAUAAUUGCUAUUAAUAUGAGUUAAACCAAUUACAGGAUACCACUACAUUCAUAAUUUAUAAUAAGGUUUUAAGAAGGUAUUAAAAUAUAAUAAGAUCUGUCGUUUUGGUGAUGAAUAUAUGAAAAUAUAAUAUCCUUUUAUGUAAUUUUUUCAGUCGCGACUUUUACAACAACAAUAAAAUCUAAUAUUG